AUGGAGGAUCAGCUUGCCACACCCAAACAUCUGCAGAAACCUGAAUUCGCCGAGCUCGUGUCAUUAGGGGACCCUACAGGGGUGGGCUAUGCCAACACUCAUCCACCAUCCCAGUGGCUCCCAGAAUUUUUCUUUGGCCAAUUAGCGGGAAACGCCAAAACAUACAUCUCCCUUCUCAGCACGCUGGAGAAACGAAAAAGACUCCCACAACCCAUCGCUCUCUACGCCAAGGCGCUGUUUGACUACUACUCUUCAGAACCAGGAGCGACUCUGUUGAAUCAAAUAUACCAGCGGUCCGUCACGAAAACCACUGACAACACAUAUGGGGCGUUGAAAAGGGCAGACUUGCUGCGGAAACACAUAUUAGAUCCAGGCGCAGAACACAGGACCAAGAAGAGGCGCUCACCCAGCAAGACGACCACAGGCGAGAAGACAGGUCGGAAUACUCCUCACGCUAUCACAAGUCAUGUCGAUCAACAACUGGAAGUCGAGGAAGAUGUGGCCGCCGAGCAAGACGAGCUGCAGGAGAACGACAUCAACAUUACACCUUUGGAGCACUUGUCAUGUGAAGAGUGGAAUGUUGAUGGCUCGUGCGUCAUGUGCCUUUGCAUGGACUAUCAACUGGCGGCAACAGCGGCUCUCCGGAGUGGGACUCUGUUGAAGGCCAACACGGCUGACUACGCAAUCCUCGCGGGAGUCUUCGUCCCUUUCUCUGCGACAGCAUUGAUGAAAAAUGUCUUUUCAAGUUCCACGCUCAAGGCUAUCCGAAAAAACGUGUCGAUUAGCGCCCCAGAUGUCGAUAUUGAUGAUUCAGUGGUCCAAACGGCCAUUCGUCUGCACGCAAAUGGCCAACACGACGACGCGGCAGUUCACCUCCAGAAUCUGAAAAACAUGAGAAUGCUGCAGCUCUUCGGCACCGCGUUGAGUAAUCUCCCCUUGCGUCCUAUUGAAGUGUCGGAAGAAACACUAAUAACGAACUAUGUGUCCCCCCUCCUGAGAACAUUCACCCACUAUCCAUCGGAGGAGAUUAUCGCACACUUUCCGAAUACGGCGUCCACGACUCAAGUUACCCUCAACAUCAAGCCGGACCGGCCAGACUUCAAGGUGGCAUGGGAGGAUACCGAGAUUGCGUUUGGUGAAGUGACCGGGAUGGCUCAAAAGUCGGACAAGAGGAAAAAUGGGUGGGAUUUGUGGCGACUGCUGAGAUUCGGCAAGGCGGCCCUGGAGGCGGGAGCUGCCUCGGUCCCCCUGGUACAGGUGGUCUACGAUCUCGGAACUAUCUGGAACAUGUGCACACCGGUCCGUGGAUUGUAUAUCGCGAUUGAGAUUGGACCAUUCAUGAUGCCUACACAUCUUUAUGCAGUCGGAGGACUCCAAGCAUCGCUGGCCCCUCUCUUGUGGCUUCAGGUAUCAUCUAUUCGAUUGGAUUGA